ACAGGACUGGAUUUGUGUGGAUGGGAUCCAAUGGCUGGGUCAGGAGAAUGAUCUGCCAGCUAGAGUAAGCAUGACGAAGGGAGAGAGGCUAAGACAACAGAAGGCAAUGCUGGGGGCCGAGUGUGCGCUUCAUAGACCACUCUCUGUAAUGCUCAUAUUCUGGAGGCUAUAAAGCAGAACAGAUACAGAACUGUUGUAGAUCAGAAGACUUCAAGUGAAAUUUUAAGAAUUGUGAAGGCUGAUACACAAUGUGGGCUACUGUAGCUAAACAUUUAUUACGGAGCAAAGUCCAAUUCUCUUUGGCACACACAUCACUAAAAGUUCAAAGGAACAAAUGUUCUCCUUGUAGUUCUCUGCUAUAUUUCUCCCGCUGGCAGCACAGUGCUCCUGUGUAUGAACAGACGUGUCCCACUGAGGCCAUGAUUCGGAAUGUCGAGACUUUAGAUGCUCAGCGCUUUGUCUGUGUGCACUGGGAGGAUGGAGGACAAAGUCUGUACCCAUACGUGUGGCUGAGAGAUAACUGCCAGUGUCCAGCGUGCUUCCUUCAAUCUGCAAAAGCAAGAAAACUCCCCAUAGUGGAUUUAGAUGUGAACACUGGUCUAAGAAAUGUGAAUCUGACUGACACAAAUAAGGUGUCUAUUACAUGGCCGGAUGAUCACCAAAGUGAAUAUGAUGCGCAAUGGCUAAAGAAGAGAUGUUUUUCAAAAGAGUCAAGAGCAGAAAUGCAAGAGGAUCUUUUUCUUCAAGAACAUCAGUAUUGGGGCAGUGAUCUGAAAAUACCUACAAUGUCAUAUGAAGAAGUCCUUUGCUGUGACCAGGCGGCUUUCCAGUGGCUCUGCACCCUGCGGAAGGUGGGGAUUGUCCUAUUGAAAGGUGCCCCCGUGAAGCAGGGGGAACUGGUUACACUUGGCAAAAGGAUUGGCUUUAUGAGGCACACAUUUUAUGGAUAUACCUGGCAAGUGCAAGAUAAGACUGACGCAAAUAAUGUUGCCUAUACAUCAGGAAAAUUAAGUCUUCAUACUGAUUACCCUGCUCUUCAGUAUCCUCCAGGGGUACAAUUUCUUCACUGUUUAAAACAAGCUGAAACUGGAGGUGAGAGUGAAGUGGUAGACGGGUUCCAUGUGUGCAACAAACUGCGAAAAGAGAAACCAGAAGCAUUCGACAUCCUCACAUCCACACAGAUCGACUUCACAGACACCGGGGUGGAUUACUGUGACUUCACCCUCCAGUCCAAACAACGGAUUAUAGAGUUAGAUCCCAAUGGAGAUCUUCUACGAAUUAAUUUUAAUAAUGCAACAAGGGACUCCGUUCUUAAUAUACCCCCUGAAAAGGUGCAACCAUUUUACUCUGCCUUGAAAGACUUUGUCGAUUUGAUGAAUCAUCCAGAAAAUACUUUUUGUUACAAAAUGAAACCAGGGCAAGUGGUGACAUUUGAUAACUGGCGGAUCUUGCACGGACGUAAAAGCUACGAAUCAGGAGCUGAAAUCUCCCGUCAUCUGGAGGGAUCCUACCUGGAUUGGGAUGUUGUGAUGUCGAGACUGAGAGCCCUGAAGAGCAAGUUGCAGAACUCAAGCUGAUUCUUGUCCAUAUUCUACACAAAUGUGUAUUUUUGUUAUAUACUGUACACCUAUUUUAUGAUCAUUGAACUAUAUAUAAGCAUUGACGGGUACUAAUAAAUUAUUUUAACAUAUUAGAUUAUCUUCAUACUAUUGCACUUUCUAUUGUGAUUUUUGCCAACCUACCUAUUCAUUAUUGAGAUGGAUUGAUCAAAAGAUGU